GUUCCAUCUCUGAGAAGUUGGGAGUGGUGUGUGUUAGGUCUGGGCUGGGAUUGGACUGUAGAAUCCCCAUGGGAAGGAAAGCAAAAGGAAAAAGUUUGGGAGAGGGGAGAAGCCCUUCCUGCACUCACCCCGAUGCACAUUCACCUAGGCCUAGAAGCAGGGUGCAGCCACUAGGCUAGGGAGGGUCUGUGUGUGUCAAGGGUGAUGUCAACAGAUGCUGGACCCAGGAAGCUCUCUACCCCAGGUCAGCCUGCAGGGCCUCCAGGGACUGGCUUGCCAACAGCUGGACUUGAUCACCAGCUUUCAAAGUGAGGUCACACAUCUGGUGGAAUAACAAGCAAACUUUGCUUUCCGGCUGUUUUUAGAGGAUUUUCACAGCAGCGGCUUGAAACCGGGAAACCACCACCUGGACCCUUGACUCUUCUUGGAGAGGCACAGCAUAGGAGAGUCCACCUGUGGGUGGUUUGCAGGACAAUGCUGGCCCUUCGGCGAGCUUCCGCUUUCCUGGUUCUGCUCCUCUCAGCCUUUCUGCCCCCGCCACAGCGCGCUCAGGACCCAGGCAUGGUGCACUACAUCUACCAGCGCUUUCGAGUCAUGGAGCAAGGACUGCAAAAAUGUACCCAAGCAACGAGGGCAUACAUUCAAGACUUCCGCGAGUUCUCGAAAAACAUAUCCGUUAUGCUGGGGCAAUGUCAGACCCACACGAGUGAAUAUAAGAGUGCAGUGGACAACCUGGCACUGAGGGUCGAACGUGCCCAACGGGAGAUUGACUACCUGGAGUACCUGCGAGAAGCUGACUUGUGUGUAGAAUCAGAGGACAAGAUGCUGGCAGAAAAGCUAGUCCAAGAAGCUGAAGAAGAGAAAAAGAUCCAGACUCUGCUGAAUGCAAGCUGUGACAACAUGUUAACAGGCAUAAAGUCUCUGAAAAUAGUGAAGAAGACUGUGGACACACAUGGCUCUUGGAUGAAGGAUGCUGUCAGCAACUCUCCCAAGGUUUAUCUCUUAAUUGGAUCCAGAAACAACACUGUUUGGGAAUUUGCAAACAUGCGGGCGCUCAUGGAGGAUAGCACCAAGCCAGGCCCCCGGAAGCUCAUCUUAACACAUUCCUGGCAGGGAACAGGCCAAGUGAUCUACCAAGGCUUCCUAUUUUUUCAUAACCAAGGAACUCCCAAUGAGAUAAUCAAAUACAAUCUGCAGAAGAGGACUGUGGAAGACCGAAUGCUGCUCCCGGGAGGAGCAGGCCGAGCACUGGUCUACCAGCACUCCCCAUCAACUUACAUUGACUUGGCUGUGGAUGAGCACGGGCUCUGGGCCAUCCACUCAGGGCCAGGCAUCCAUGGCCAUUUGGUUCUCACCAAAAUUGAGCCUGGCACACUGGGAGUGGAACACUCAUGGGACACUCCAUGUGGAAGCCAGGAUGCCGAAGCUGCGUUCCUCUUGUGUGGGGUUCUUUACGUGGUCUAUAGUUCUGGUGGCCAUGGCCUGCAUCGUAUCACCUGUGUCUAUGACCCACGAGGCACUAUCAGAGAGGAAGAUCUGCCCAACUUGUUCUUUCCCAGGCGGCCAAGAAGUCACUCCAUGAUCCAUUACAAUGCCAGAGAUAAGCAGCUCUAUGCCUGGAAUGAUGGAAACCAGAUCAUUUACAAGCUCCAGACAAAGAGAAAGCAGCCUCUAAAAUGAAACAAGAUCUCAAAGGGAAAUGUUUUGCCAAUGCGGAAGAGGUGAAACAAACAAAU